AUGGCCUCCCAGCAGCAGACUCGGGGUGACAAUAUCUCCCGAGUGUCAACCGCGCGAUCUGAGGCCAUCGGCGAAGAGGCUCCGCCCAAAACCGACAUCGACAGUUUCACUCAGGAGAGCCCUCCUACGCAAGGCGCGGUGGACAUCCCGCCUAACGGAGGUUACGGCUGGCUUUGUUGCGCAGCAACAUUUUGGAUCAACGCCCAUACAUGGGGUGUCAAUAGUGCUUACGGAGUUUUCCUCGCCCACUACCUGAGUAGCAACUUCUUCCCCGGGGCGUCGACUCUCGACUUUGCCUUUGUAGGCGGAUUAUCCAUCUCGCAGGCAAUGCUCAUAUCGCCUCUCGCGACGAUCACUACCCGUCGCUUCGGCACCCGCACCACGCUCCUCGUCGGCGUUUUCUUCGAGACACUAUCCCUCAUCGGCGCGUCCUUCGCUAAGCAGAUCUGGCAGCUCUUUCUCAGCCAGGGCGUAUGCUUCGGAUGGGGCAUGGGCUUCCUUUUUGUGGGCUCUGUCGGCGUUGUCCCGCAGUGGUUCACCACCCGCCGCAGCUUUGCGAACGGGAUCGCCGCGUCCGGCUCGGGCGUCGGCGGCCUCACCUACUCUCUCGCGACGAACGCUAUGAUUCAGCAUAUCGGCCUCCCCUGGGCGUUUCGCGUGCUCGGCAUAUGCGCUUUCACCGUGAACACCAUCUGCGCUUUGCUGAUCAAGGACCGGAACAAGCACGUUGGCGCGUCCGUGCGCGGCUUCGACGUUGCACUCUUCCGUCGACGCGAGUUCCUCGCGCUGCUCGCGUUUGGCUUCCUCAGCAUGCUCGGAUACAUCGUCCUCCUGUUCUCGCUCCCCAAUUACGCAAGCUCAAUCGGCCUCUCCGCGCACCAGGGCAGCGUGGUCGGUGCGCUGCUCAACCUCGGCCAGGCCAUGGGCCGCCCGCCGAUCGGAUAUUUCUCCGACUCGGUGGGCCGGAUCAACAUGGCGGCGAUCAUGACGCUGCUCGCGGGCGUGUUCUCGCUCGUGGUGUGGACGAACGCGGUCGAUUACGGCGUCACGCUGUUUUUCGCCUUGAUUGGCGGAACAGUCGCGGGGACGUAUUGGGCGAUCAUCGCGCCAGUCACGGCGGAGGUGAUGGGCCUCGUGGACUUGCCCGCAUCGCUGAGCAUAACGUGGGUGGUAAUAUCAGUGCCCACGACGUUUUCGGAGGCCAUCGCGCUGCAGAUCACACAAUCGAAUGGAGGGAACUAUCUAGGCGCACAGUUGUUCACGGGAUUCAUGUACGUGGGAGCAGCGGCGAUAAUGUGGUGGGUGAGGGUGUGGAAACUCGAAGAGUUGGAGAGGGAGGAGAGGGAGGCGGCUGAGGGGACGAAGAUAGAGAAGACGGGGUCAUCGGGGAUGACGAUUGAGAGGGGGGAAACAAGCUACUGGAGGAAAUGGAAAAUGAUAACGAAAGUAUAAUGGUGUCUAUAGAUUAUCGAUUAUCGUCUACAUAGUAAC